AUGGAGGACGUAAAAGUUAUCACAACUACCGACGCACUUAUCAACUCCACCUUGAUCUAUCUCAAAACCCCCGCUUAUGAAAGCCCCAGUAAUCAGUCGACUUUUCCCAUAUAUCAGAUUUUAUACGAUUAUGUCAAUACCCUUAAAACCAACGUUUAUAAGCGAAUUUUACUGGCUAUAUAUUGUCUAAUUUUUAUUCUCGGAUCCUUUCUCAAUCUCCUCCUCAUCUACAUUAUCAUAAGGGUGCGAAAUCCCAAAUCAAAGUCGAAUAGACGCAUGCUACUGAUGCAUGUGUGCUGUGAUCUUGCCCUAGUGUGGUUUGGAGCACCCUAUACGGCCUAUACGUCUGUUUACAAGGAUUGGAAGCUUGGAUCAGAAAUGUGCUACAUCGCGUCCUUCCUCAUCUACUUCAUUGUUGGUCUUACCAAUUUUUUGCUAGUUGCCAUCUGUCUCAAUCGGAGUAUAGCUAUUUCUCGGGCCGGUCGAUGCACUGGUGAAAGUGACUACGAUGUCAACUGCAGAGUGACGGCUCUUAUCACCUCAGCAAUUGUUUUUGCCGUAAUAAUUGCGCUUCCGUCUUCAGUCGUGGAAACUUGGGGUCGCAAGCGGCGAAUGAUCUACGACUUCACUCUCAUCAUCUUGAUCUACUUAAUUCCUCUUUUCGUUAUAUGCCUGAGUCAUCACAUUGUCACCAGGCAGCUGCGUCGAUCUCAUCAAAUGCUCCUCGUGAUGGGGCACACCAUGGGAGCGAAAUGGCGUCGUCGGAGGCAACGACUCAUUCGACUCUGCGUUCUAAUGACCUCUCUCUUUGUCCUCUCGUGGUUUCCCAAUCACCUGCUUAAUAUUCUCACAAAAGUGUGCAACUUCUUUGGUGACACUUCAGAGAUGCUUAUGGAUUACUCCCUUUGGUUAGGCAUUUCAAAUACAGUCAGCGAACCUUUGCUACUAAUCUUUACCUGUUCUGCUUAUCAACGUUUCCUCCGACGUCUGUUGGCUCGAUGGAAGUUGGUGAAGCCAACUGUGACGGCAGAGGCGAGCGAGCCACUGGCUUCGUCCAGUAUCGGUGCACCGGCAGUUCCCCAACUCACUAAAGUAUCUAAAGACGAGGUUCAACUUAAACUCCCUUUGGAAAAGGACGUCUAA